AUGGGAGUUCAAGGACUUUGGAAACUUCUUGAAUGUGCUGGGAGACCCAUAAACCCAGAAAUGCUGGAAGGAAAAAUUCUUGCUGUUGAUAUUAGUAUUUGGUUGAAUCAAGCAAUAAAGGGAGCCAGAGAUCGUGGUGGUAGUUCUGUACGAAAUGCUCACCUCCUCACUCUGUUUCAUCGACUCUGCAAGUUGCUGUUUUUCCGAAUUCGGCCUGUCUUUGUUUUUGAUGGAGAGGCACCACUUCUGAAGAGACAGACCUUGGCUAAGCGAAGACAAAGAAAGGAAGUUGCUGUCAGCGAUUCCAGGAAAACUACUGAGAAACUCUUGAAAACAUUUUUAAAGAGACAAGUUAUAAAAAAUGCGCUUACAGGCAGAAGCAGUGAAGCUUUUCCCAGUAUUACACCAGUUCGAAGAGAAGAAAUAGAUGAUAUAUACGUAUUGCCUUCUUUAGAAGAUGAAGAGAAGAACAGUUCAGAGGAGGAAGAGGAAAAAGAAUGGCAAGUGAGAAUGAGCCAAAAAAAGAUGUUGCAAGAAGAGCUAUGUGAAAAUCCUCAUUCUGUAGAUAUUGAAUCAGAAGAUUUCAACAAGCUGCCUCCAGAAAUAAAACAUGAGAUCUUGACUGAUAUGAAAGAAUUCACAAAGCGGAAAAGAACAUUAUUUGAAGUAAUGCCAGAGGAGUCAAAUGAGUUUUCCCAGUACCAGCUUAGGGGUUUGCUUAAGAAAAGCAGCCUCAAUCGGUACAUAGAAAAUGUAGAAAAAGAAUUGAAUCAACAGCACUCGGGUGAAAUUCAAACACAAUAUGAAAAUGAAGGUGGUUUUGUGAAAGAAGUGGAAUCUAGGAGGGUAGUCUCUGAAGAUACUUCUCACUACAUCCUAAUAAAGGGUAUUCAAGCAAAAGAAGCUACAAGUAGAGACUUGGAAACUGCUGCGGGACCCUCAUCAAGAAUACCUGAAUUUACUAAACUGAGUAAAAUCAAUGAAUCUUCUGCUAAUGCAGUUACAGCUGACAAGUCGCAAACAGAGAAAGAUAACAGGACGACUGCGCCACCCUCUCCUCGGACUUUGCUCGCUAUCCAGGCAGCUAUGGUAGAAAGCAGCUCAGAAGAAGAGCUGGGGGAUGAAGAUGGAGGGCGACUGAACAGGGACCAGUCUGUAACACAGGAAGGCAGCGUGUCUCCGAGAACACUACAGGCAAUUCAGCAAGCUCUGAGUGAUGACAGUAAAAGGGAGGAAGUUGUUACUGUUACAGCUGGUGGAGUGCUACCAGAAAGAUCAGAAGUGAAGGAUUUUCUGCUUAGUAGCUCAGAUGAGGAAGAUCAGAUUCCUGCAGUUAAGGAGGGAGAAAAAAUACCUACACCUACAAUUCAUUUGUCAAACCAAGUGAUUACGCAAGAUGCUGAAUUUGAACAAAAGAGCCAGGAAUUGGGAAGAAAUUAUAUUACCCCCAAGGACACCACUAUAUCCAGAGCUGAAAAUUAUUCUGAUGUUGACAAUACUAGAAAAGGCAAAGAAGACGUAGACAAAGAAGAAAGUGCUUCCAAACUGGACUUAAAUUCUUUGGGAGAUAAGGAUAUAAACUUGUGCAUGCAGAAGCCAAACUGUUCUCCUGUACAAACUAGUAUAGGGGCUUUGGUUCAUGCUGAAACAGUAGACCUUUCUAAAGGUGGGGAAAACUUGCAAGUUUCUGAAAAUCUAGAGGAAGGAAUUUCUCAAACAGAGGAGAAUGUAUCUGAGGUGCAAAAGGAUAUUAGAUUUUUUCCAGAAGCAAAAAGUCCUGAGGGGGAAAGAAAAAGGAUGCCACCGUCUCAAGACAGUGAUUCUGAAGACAGUGAUUCAGAUGGUAUCUUUAUUGAAGUGGAUGCUGAAAUCAGUAAUGAGGCUGAGUUUCCUACUGAAUCUGAUGAAAAAUUGGGUGAUGAAACAGCAUUUCCAGAAGUGGAGACAGACAGGUGUGAUACUGUCACACAGGACUUGCCAAAGGAGUCUGAUGAAGUGCAGCUGGCAAACGAUCAGAGCGUUGAGAGAGAAGAUGGUGAAGAUGCAGUGGAUGAGUGGCAAGACAUCAGUUUGGAAGAGCUAGCAGAAUUAGACAAUGACCUGUCUGCUGAGCAGAAUGUGCUUCAGGCUCAGAAGCAGCAGCAGGAACGUGUUGCUGCUUCUGUAACCGGACAGAUGUUCUUGGAAAGCCAGGAGCUUCUCCGUCUGUUUGGCAUUCCCUAUAUUGAAGCUCCAAUGGAGGCAGAGGCACAGUGUGCUAUAUUAGACCUCACUGAUCAAACGUCUGGGACAAUCACCGAUGACAGUGAUGUUUGGUUAUUUGGCGCACGACACGUUUAUAAAAAUUUCUUCAGUCAAAACAAAUAUGUGGAAUAUUAUCAGUGCGUUGAUUUUCAGAACCAACUAGGGUUGGAUAGAAACAAGCUAAUUAAUUUGGCGUACUUGCUUGGAAGUGACUACGCUGACGGCAUCCCAAAUGUUGGCUUUGUAACAGCGAUGGAGAUUUUAAAUGAAUUUCCUGGACAUGGCUUGGAACCCCUCUUAAAAUUUGCUGAGUGGUGGAAUGAGGCUCAGAAGAAUAAGAAAUUGAGACCUAAUCCACAUGAUACCAAAGUCAAGAAGAAACUGAGGGAGCUGCAGCUUCAUUCAGGUUUCCCAAAUCCAGCGGUGGCAGAAGCAUACCUGAAGCCUGUAGUGGAUGAGACAAGGGGUUCAUUCACCUGGGGGAAGCCUGAUGUAGAACAGAUCAGAGAAUUCUGUCAGGAUCAUUUUGGCUGGACGAGGACAAAGAUAGAUGAAAUCCUUUCGCCUGUGCUAAAACAGCUGAACUUGCAGCAGACUCAGCUUCGAAUUGAUUCGUUCUUCAGACUAGCACAGCAUGAAAACCAAGCUAUAAAAAGUAAGAGACUACGCAGAGCUGUGACUUGUCUUAAGAGAAAAGAAAGAGAGGAAGCCGAUGAAGCCACUGCUGUUAUGGAGACUGAACUUAAACAGCAUGAGGAAGGGAAAGGCGAAGGUACUGCACGCUGGGCAAAUCAUCAAGCUUUGGCAACAGAAGUCCAAAGUGGAAAAAGGAGAAAGUGUUCAGAUUCCAGAAAAGAACAUUUAUAUGGAGGUGGUUUUAUUGGGAAUUUGCAUCUCUCAGAGACUUCUAGUGACUCCUCAGUAGAGAGAUUGGAAACUGGAGAUUUAGGCAAGCCCAAAAAGAGUAAAAAAGUUGCUGCGAUGGAGACGACAAACCAUAAAGAGAAAAAGGUGUGCAGUAGCUCGAGUGAUGAGGAUGAAGAACUGGGAAGUGUGGUCAUGGUGACUGCCAAACCUGUAUUUGAGGGCAGAAAAAAGAAAUCGCAGAGUAAGAGAGGAAGAAAAAAGAAAAAGACUUAA